AUGGACACCGAAACGGGGCCGGCGCCAAGAACGGGCUCGACGCUUCCGUCAGCCACGACGACAUCCUCGCUGGGCGGCGCGCCCAAACGCAUCCGGCACCGCGAAGACCAGAUCGAAUCGGCCUACGAGGUCCAGCGGAAUGCGGCCAUCAAGGGCGCGGCUAUCUGGACCCUCAUCGGCGCCACGGCGUGCUUUUGGGGACAUCAUCUGUUUCCCGGUUUCAGGAGACAGACGCUGGCGCUAAAAGGCUUCCUAACUUCUGGCGCCACCAUCUUCGGCUUCGUAACGGGCGCCGAUACCGUCCUCCUCUCGCACGAGGACCAGCAGCGCUCGUCAGAGAACCUCAUCCGCAACCGCGCGCGCGCCGAGCUCGGACAGCGCGGCAUCGUGGCCAGCGAGGCCGAAAUCGAAAAGUGGAAAGACGCCUUUAUCGCCAAAAAGCUCGAGGAGAGGCGGUUGAGGCGCCUCGAUCUCGAGCGGCGGCAGGGGCAAAACGCAGACGGUGACGCCACCCCGUCGCUAUCACCACCACCACAGCAACAAGACGAGGAACAGCAACAAUAG